AUGGGUGGAGCUGUGGCCCGUCCCCAGCCGAAGCGUCCUGUGGGCCCUCGCACCCCCACUGGCACUACCAGCCAUGAUAGUAAUAAUAGUAGUUACAGUAGGAAAUAUCGUAAUAAUCAUUAUAGUAAUAAUAAUAAUAGUGGUAACGAUAUUAUGGCUGACGGCGCUUUCAACAGCAAUAACGGCAGCGUGGGUGUCAGCACCAACGGAAGUGAACGGAAUGCAGAACGUCGAGGGCGGCGGGUGCGCAUCACAUCAUCUGUGGUGGAGUUGGACAAAAUCCCCAUUCUCCAAUCCAACGCCUCUAUCAUGUUUUCACCGACGGGUGCUCGCGCGUUGCCCCCGCGGCCCACCACAGGCAUUCUCUCCAAAUGUGAAUACGACAAAUUCACUGGAUUGCCCGUCGUGUCGGUCCCCGGCAGUGAAAUCAAAAGUGCGAGUGAAGUGCCAACACCGCCGCUUCCUGCGCGGAUAACGCCGGACAUCAACACACCGCAGAUAAACACGAGCAACGUGAAUGAACAAGAAGGAGAAGGAGAAGAGAUAGAGAGAAAGGGGAAUGGACAAUCUCGUGUAAAUAAUAAAGAGGAUGCAGGAAUAGCAGUAACCGCCGCCGUAAGGGAUCAGAGUCCACCCACAACAACAGCAACAAAAAAUGCGAAUGUGGAUGAAUUCAAUGUAGUGAAUAAAGGCGCGGAAAACUAUUCAUCGCCACUCUCAGAUUUGCUGAAACGGCCAUUAAAUCCUACUUCAAACAUAAGGACAACAGAAGUAACAGCAGAUGAGCCGAAGGUGUUUUCGGCAUCAUCAUCAGUAACAGCAGCAUCCGAACUAUCAGAAGCAAUAACAGAAUUAAACAGCAAUGGAAAUAUAGUGCCUGAAGAGAAAAACUCUAACAAUAGUACCAACAGCAAAUCUCGUGUACGCCAUAUUAGACGAAAACAACACCGGAAGGAGAAGAAGAAAGAGGAGGAUGAGGAUGAGGAGAAGAAAAAUAAUGUGAUGAAAGAGAACAACAAUGACCCUGAAAUACAGAAAGUCUCUGCAUCACCUACUAGUCUAAUAAAAAGCUUUUCUAUAGAGUUUUAA